AUGCUCUUCUCACGGGCGAGUCUGCUGUUCGCCUUGUCGACUGUUGUUGCUGCUGCGCCUUAUGAGAAGCGAUGGUUCGGCGGAUGGGGCCAAGGAUCAAACUCGGACGUUCUCGAAUCGUUUCUAGACUUUGGCAAGAGACAUUCUUGGAGAGGGCGAACGACGACUCAGGGCCAAUGUAACGUCGCUGCAGUGCAGAUGCCUCAAGCACCGAAGCCCUUACCGCCCCCAUCAGAAGGCCUCACAUUAUACCACGUUGCCGUCGGCCGAGGAACCCAGAACUACACCUGCGACCUAAGCAACUCAACAGCCAUCCCCAUCGCAGCUGGCGCCGUUGCCUCGCUCUUCAACGUCACCUGCAUGUCUGCAGACAGCCCAACUCUCCUCUCCGCCAUCCCCAACAUCGCCCUCGAACUCCCCACACCCACCGCCACCGACGCGACGAGCCCCAUCAACCGCGACAUCUCAGGUCACCACUACUUCACCGACCUCACGACCGCUUUCUUCAACCUCGACACCACGCUAAGCACCUACGGCGCAGGAGGCUUCAAGAAGACCAACUCCUCUGAUGCCCCUUCCACGGCCGUCAAAGGCCAGCAUGGUCAAGGCUACGGCUCCGUCCCGUGGUUGAAACUCCAAGCCAAGACCAAGGACGAAUGCGUCUUCCAAGAAGUCUACCGCAUCAACACCGCCGGCGGUAACCCGCCCAAGACCUGUCAGGGCCAGCAAGCAGCCUUCCAGAUUGAGUACAGCGCCGAGUAUUGGUUCUACUCAUAG